AUGGCAAAGCUUUCUAUAAUCCACACUACACUAAUCCUUUUCUCAAUCCUAUCAAUGUCCAACGCCACAAACCAAUCCCCCAAAGCCGUCGAAAAUUGGAUGGAAAAUCUAAAGCAAUCGAAACCAAAGGUUACGAAACUCCACUUCUACUACCACAACUCCCGCAACCCGGAGAUGAACCUCUCGGCCGUGCAAGUCGCGAGCGCCCCCGUCUUCUCGGCCCAGCCCCCGUACUUCGGGGUCCUGACCAUCACCGACGACCCCCUCACGGCGGGCCCCGAGAUAUCCUCCAAGCGCGUGGGCUACGCGCAGGGGUUCUACGCCACGUCAUCGUUGGAGGAGGUGAGCAUGCUGAUGGGCGUCACGUUCGUCUUCACGGACGGAGAGUGCAACGGAAGCACGCUCGCCGUCCUCGGGCGAAACCCCAUCGAGGAGCGCUACCGGGAGCUGCCCAUCGUUGGGGGCACGGGGGUGUUCCGCCUUGCGAGGGGGAUCGUUACGCUGCAGACGUACUUCUUCAACUUCACUAUGGCUCUUGCCAUUGUUGAGAUGAAUGUGGUUGCUUUGCAUUAUUGA